UUUUGUCCGUGUGAAUGAACAAUUUGUUACAAAUUUUUUAUGACAAAUGAAUUUGUUCAAAAGCUGGGUUGUUAGCUUUUUUUUGUCGUAUAAAAUUUGUCAAUAAUCAAAUUUGUCCGUCUGGACGACCAUCACAUCAAAUGUGUCAAAUUUUAUCAAACAACAUGGCGACGACGCAAGGAGCGAGGACAACGAAACAUGUGAUUUCUUGGACUGACAGCAGUAUUUCUUUACUUCUCGAUGCCCUUAAGACAAGAGAGAGUUUGUGGAACUCUAAGCUGACAUCGUACCGAGAUAGAAAUAUAAAGAAGAGAGAAUAUCAAGAAAUAGUUACCAUUUUAAGCGCCGAAAUUCCCGAAAUGGAUUUAUCAGCUGUAAAAGCUAAGAUUCAAGGACUUCGAACGACCUUUCGUGAAGAAAUAAGAAAAAUUAAAAAAAGUGAGCAUACUGGUUGUGGAUCAGCUGAAAUAUAUGUCCCAAAAUGGAAGUUUUUCAAUGAUUGCUUCUUUCUUGAAGAUGUUGUUGCAUUAAAUAGACUAACAUGCAGUAACAUUGAAGAUGAAAUAGACAUUUCCAAUACAGGUGGCAAUGAGCAUGAAAUUUGGGGAAUGGAUGGAAAUUCUGAAACUGGCAGCACAUGCAGUGAUACAUCAUUUGGUAUGCAUCCAAAAAAAAGAAAAAGAAGCUCAGAAGAAAAUGAAUGGAUGAAGACUGCAGCAAGUGCACUUACCAAGUUGUCCCAAGAUAAUGACGAUCAACAGGAUGAAUGGGAUGUGUUUGGGGUGGAUGUUGCUAAUUCCCUUAGAGCCAUCAACAGCCCAGAGUGGCAAAGACGAGCUAAGUUUGCUGUGCAGUCUGCCAUUUUCCAAGCUGCAGAAAAAGCUCGAUGCACAGUUUCUAACUCUACAUUACGUACAGAUAGUACCAUCCCAAAUUGA